UAUGAUGCUCCCUUCAUCAUCACUUUUCGGCGCUUUGUCGCUAGGAUUCGCACUCCUUCAAACAAAAGUCAACGCGGCUACUUGGAGUUUAUCAACUACAAUUAAUCCAACUGAUUUUGAUAAUCAAUUUAAUUAUUACAAUCAAACAGAUCCAACACACGGUCUCGUUUUAUAUCAAGAUUAUCAAGACGCAAAAGCAAACAAUUUAACCGGAAUCGCACAUGGAAAUUAUUUUAUGCGUGUUGAUACAACUGAAGUGCAAUUAGCAGGUAGAAGAAGUAUUCGUUUAGAAUCAAAACAAACAUAUCAAGAUGGUGUUUAUGUUUUGAAUGUUUCUCACGUUCCAAUUGGAUGUGCUGCUUGGCCUGCUUUUUGGACUUUGACCGAAAAUGAAUCUGCUUGGCCACAAGGCGGUGAAAUUGAUAUUUUGGAAAACUUUAACGAUUUAUACAAUGGACCUGCUGCUACUUUACAUACACAAGAUAGCUGUAUCGUACCAAAAGCAUCUGAAUCGGGUAUGCUACUCUCAAACAAUUGUUCAGCAUAUACGCCUAACAAUGACGGUUGUUCUGUCGUUAUGAACGGUACUUCCAAGCCAACAUGGGGUACAGCGUUCAACCAACAAGGAGGCGGUAUUGUGGCAAUGGAACGUGCUUUAGGUUCAACAGGAAGUGGUAUUCGUGUUUGGAUUUGGCCACAAGGACAAGAGCCAAGCGAUUUGCAAUCUUCUAGCAAUUCAGUCGAUCCAAGUACAUGGGGAACGCCAAAUGCCGAUUUCAAUGUUGCAAACAAUUGCCAUACUGAAUUUGGUCCUCAUAGAAUUAUCUUUGACAUCACCCUUUGUGGAGAUGCUGGAUCACGUACAUACAAUACAUCGGGUUGCAACUUGCAAUACCCCGCAUGCUCUUAUCAAGUUGGUUACAAUGGCUCAUCCUUUAACCAGUCUUAUUGGUCUUUGGGAGGAUUACGAGUCUUUGCAACAGGAGGUGGAACAGAUAACGCACAAACAUCACCCAACACUCACAAAGAAGUUUUUACUAGUCUCUCAGCGGCAAGUUUGAUGUCCGUUCCGGUUCAAGCUGGGAGUCUAAUUACCUUGCUUUUGUGUGGUGCUGCAUUGUUGCUUAUUUAAAUAG